AUGGUACGAACUAUCAAGCUCUCUGACGGCAAGACUCUCCGCGCCAUUGGCUGGGGAAGCGGCUCGGGCGGCAUCAAGGGCAAGGACAACAACAGACUUGCCAUUGACGCCGGUGUCCACGCUCUCAACGCCAACAUCCGCCACAUCGACACUGCCCAGGCCUACGAGACCGAAGAGGCCACUGGCCUUUCGAUCAAGGAGGCCGGUGUCGACAGGAGCGAGGUCUUUGUCACCACCAAGAUCUCUGGCACUGUUGCCAACAACAAGGAGGCCAUCAAGGAGAAUGUCCUCGGCUCUAUCGAGCUUUUGGGCUUCAAGCCUGACCUCUUGCUCAUCCACAACCCCUUUGUGGUCGAGGACGGCAACAUUGCUAAGUUCUGGACUUCUCUCGAGGAGCUUGUCAAGGACGGUACUCUUGAAGGCGUGAGCUUGGGUGUCAGCAACUUUAGGCCCCAAGACCUCGAAGCUGUGCUCAAGAUCGCCACCAUCAAGCCUGUCGUUAACCAGAUCGAGUUCCACCCUUACGUCCUUGUCCACCUUGAGCCCGUCCUCAAGAUUGCCAAGGAACACGGUAUCGUCAUUGAGGCCUACGGUCCCCUCACCCCCGUCCUCCGACACCCCACCGGUGGUCCUCUGAAGCCCGUCCUUGAGCGCAUCGCACAGCGUCUCUCCAAGGACGCCGGUAAGGAGCUCGACUCUACCGCUGUCCUUCUCCUCUGGACCAUCCAGUCUGGCGUCGUGGUUAUCACCACUUCCAAGAACGAGGAGAGGAUCAAGGGUCUCGCCGCCCUCGACUCUGUGCCUGAUUUGACCGCCGAGGAGUUGAAGGAGAUUACCGAUGUUGGUAAGACCCACCACUUUAGGUACUACUCUGAACACAUGACUGAGGACUUCCCUGACCCCGACCUCCCCACCGUCGACUUCCCCAAGAGGAGCAGGAAGUAG